AGAUAAAUAAUAUCACAGAUUGAUUACAUCAGUUCUACACAUGGAAUAAUGCACAUACUAAGACCCUAUACCCAUGCAGACCCACCGUUGAGUGCCGUUGAGUGCCGUUGAGUGCUAAUUUCCUUGUGUUGGCCAUCUGGUCUUUCUCAUAAUGUCCCCCACCGAACAACAAUUAUUCGCUAUCUCGACAGCAGAGCGGACAACAGCGGCGAUCUCUUUACUUGGAACAAGUAUAAUUGUAGGAUCAUUUCUCGGGUCAAAAUCGUUUCGAAAGCCUGUUAACAGGCUAGCCUUCUAUGCGUCCUGGGGGAAUAUCCUGUCGAAUAUCGGGCAACUCAUCGCACGUUCGGGAAUUGAGCUAGGGCUCAAUACCCCACUUUGCCAAUUUCAAGCCUGUCUAUUACAAUGGUCGGUGCAGUCGGACGCCUACUGGACAUUUGCAAUGGCAUGCAACGUCUACCUGACAUUCUAUCAUCAAUAUGAAGCGGUGCAACUGCGAAAACUAGAAUGGCGAUAUAUCGUCUUAUGUUAUGGUUUGCCGCUGAUCCCCGCGAUUGUUUUUCUCUUUAUCGAGACCGAAGAGCGAGGCAAAAUCUACGGUUCGGGGCUACUCUGGUGCUGGAUCUCCGUACCUUGGAACUAUCUCCGCCUAGGCUGUUUCUACGGCCCUAUCUGGCUCAUGAUAUGCCUCACAGUGUUAAUAUACAUUCGCACCGGUCGCGAAAUGUUCACUAACCGGCGCCUCUUUAAUCUGAACGCCGGCAAAGCCCGGAGUAGCACCAUUUGUGCCUGUACAUUAUCACCCACAGAUCCUUGGAAACAGCCCACCACCCGUUUCGUCGAGGAUAGCGGGCCCCAAAGCCCAACAUCCUCCAGCACGACCUGGGACGACGACACAAAUUGGGCAUCGUCGCUGAACCCCACUGCGCCGAUCACACUCAGCGAAGAAUUCGGGCUUUCGCCAGCCCAACCAUCACAGCAGAGAGACGACGCGCAGAACCGCGUCGAGAGUGUUGGUGGCGUCAAGAUGGAUGCGGCGUCGUGGGUAUAUACAAAAUGCGCAAUGCUGUAUUUUAUCGCUCUUGUGGUUACAUGGGUUCCGUCAACAGUCAAUCGAAUCUACUCCAUCGUACAUCCCGACGAACCCAGUUUUGCAUUGAACCUGCUAUCCGCUAUUGUCCUGCCUCUUCAGGGGUUCUGGAAUAGUCUUAUCUAUGUCUCUAUUUCAUGGCGUACAUUCAGAAGGCUGUAUCAAGAUUUAAAAAAUUGGCGCCUCGAGGCCUUCUUAAGAAUGAAUGUGUAG